AUGCUCGCCCCGCUCAAGCGCUGCACCGCCGCGGGCCCGUGCGCGAUGGAACCCCCCGCGCCCGAGGGCGCGCCGCCCGCCAAGCGCCGCCGCGAGCGCGUCGUGCCCUCGCGGUUCCGCGACUCGGCCGUCCUGCCGCUCGCCAAGAAGCCCUGCAAGCCCGCGCCCGCCGCCGUGGACGACGGCGGCGAGGUGUACGAGGUCGAGGUGCGCGCCGUCGCGCCCAAAGGCGAAGCCUUUGGGGCCGUGCAGACCGACGUCUGGACCGGCGACGACGACCAGCCCCCCGCGCAGACGGAGCACGACCUCUACCGGGCCUGCCGGAACAUCGGCAGCCCGGGCUGCGGCAGCGGGAGCGUCCUCACGUCCCUCAGCAACGCCACUGUGAAAUGCGAGCUGGAGGAUAAGCCUCAGGUCACGUCCGUCAGCAAUGCUGCUGGGAACGGCGGGUCGGCCGUGGGCAGCGUGGUCACGUCCCUGAGCAAUGCUGGCCCAAGCCGCGAGCCGGAGGGGAAGCCCGUGGUGGUGGAGUGCAAGCCGAAGAAGGAGUGCGGCGCCAGGAAGGAGGAUUUCUACUGGCCCGAGGAGUUCGUGCUCGGCGACGUCGUCUGGGCCAGGUCCGGGAAGAAGUGCCCCGCGUGGCCCGCGCUAGUCAUCGACCCGCUGCUGCACGCCCCGGAGGUCGUGCUCAACUCGUGCGUCCCCGGCGCGCUCUGCGUCAUGUUCUUCGGCUACUCUGCCAGCGGCCACAGCAGGGACUAUGGAUGGGUUAAGCAGGGGAUGCUCUUCCCCUUUGUGGAGUAUCUGGACAGGUUUCAGGGACAAUCCCUGUAUAAGCUCAGGCCAAGCAAAUUCCGCGCAGCGAUUGAGGAAGCUUUCCUUGCCGAGCGCGGUUUCUUUGACCUCCAAAUAGACGGCGUCUGCUCUCUGGAGAAGUCUGUCAACGAGCAGUCUGUCGCCGAUGGCACACAUGAAGUGACUGGGUCUAAUACCGAGCAAGAGUGCCAAUCAGAGGCUGUUCGGAAACCAGCAGCAUCUUGUGAUAGUUGUGGUAAUCGUCUUCCAUCCAAGAUUACAAAGAAAAAGAAGCAAGAAGCAGAGCAGUCACUUUGUAGGCACUGUGAAAAGCUAUUGCAGUCAAAACAAUACUGCGGCAUAUGCAAGAAAAUCUGGCACCACACAGAUGGUGGAAACUGGGUGUGUUGCGAUGAGUGCGAGAUUUGGGUUCAUGUAGAAUGCGAUCGGACAUGCAACGAACUGGAGGAUUUAGAAAAUGCAGAGUAUUUCUGUCCUGAUUGCAAGUCAAAACGCAAGAAGACAUUGGCAGUUGAACAAGUGAGCAUGUCGAACAGUUCAGAAUUUGCUAGCACUUCAAAGGAAAAAUUGCCUGAGUCCAUACCUGUGUGCUGCGCUGGGAUGGAAGCAUUGUACUUAACUGAGAAGCACAUGAUAUUAUGUCCAUGCAAGUCUUGCAAGAAAAGGCUGAUGACUCUGAAUGAGUGGGAGAGACAUACUGGCUCAAGGAAGAAGAAAUGGAAGACGAGUAUUAAACUCAAGAGCACCGGGGAACCAUUAAUCAACUUGCUUGAAGACAUUCCUGGUGGGAAUUUCAAGUCUUUUACCCCAGGUAUUAAGAAAGAAGAGUUGCUUUCAUUACAAGCAAACUCUUAUAGUCCAGUCUAUGCUAAAUGGACAACUGAACGUUGUGCUGUCUGUCGGUGGGUUGAGGAUUGGGACUACAACAAAAUUAUCAUUUGUAACAGAUGUCAAAUAGCUGUCCAUCAGGAGUGCUAUGGAGCACGUGCCCUAGAGGAUCUUACCAAUUGGGUUUGUCGAACAUGUGAAUUGCCCCAACAGAAAAGAGAAUGCUGUUUAUGUCCUGUAAAAGGCGGUGCUCUCAAGCCAACUGAUGUUGACCAACUGUGGGUUCAUGUCACAUGUGCUUGGUACCAGCCUAAAGUCUCUUUUCCUAUUGACGAGACAAUGGAGCCAGCUAUGGGCGUAUUGAGCAUUCCUUCUGAGUACUUUAAGAAGACAUGUGUAAUAUGCAAGCAGAUGCAUGGGGCCUGCACCCAGUGCUACAAGUGCUCUACUUCUUAUCAUGCAAUGUGUGCGUCGAGAGCAGGAUAUCGCAUGGAGUUGCAAUACACUGAAAGAAAUGGUAGGCAAGUGACAAAAAUGGUUUCCUUCUGUGCGUCUCACAGUACUCCCGACCCAGAUAAUGUGUUGAUAGUGAAGACACCUGAAGGAGUUUUCUCUACCAAAUUUUUCAUCCAAAACAAUGAGAAGCAGUCUCCUGCACGAUUGACCAAUAACGAAAACCAGCAGGUUCCUGCUACAUUUUCCGACUGCCCAGCUGCAAGGUGCCUACCUUAUGAUAUGUUGAGAAACAAGAAAGGACAAGGAAAGGCAAUUCCCCAUCGAGUAAUGGGACCCCAACACCACUCCCAGGAUUUGAUUGCGGAUUUGAAUGCAUGCAUGGAUCAAAAGGAUGACCAACAUUUUUCUACAUUCAAAGAUCGGCUUCACUAUUUACAGAAAACUGAAAAUAAGAGGGUCUGUUAUGGUCGAUCUGGAGUACAUGGAUGGGGGCUCUUUGCUGCUAAGAAAAUUCAAGAGGGGCAAAUGGUUAUCGAAUAUCGUGGGGACCAAGUUAGACGGAGUGUUGCUGAUUUGAGGGAAGCACGAUAUCACAGGGAAAAUAAAGAUUGCUAUCUGUUCAAGAUAAGCGAAGAUGUUGUGAUUGACGCUACGGAGAGAGGAAACAUAGCCCGUCUAAUUAAUCACUCGUGCGUGCCUAACUGCUAUGCUAGGAUCAUGAGUGUCAGCGAUGACAAGAGCCAGAUCAUCCUUAUUGCCAGAAGAGACGUCUCCGCAGGAGAAGAACUGACGUAUGACUACAAAUUUGACCAGGACGAGUCGGAGGAUCGCAAGGUCCCUUGUCUGUGUAAAGCUCCUAACUGCCGUGGAUACAUGAACUAAACCGCUCACAAGGACUAACCCCAAUUACCGUGCCAAAGGGCCGCAUUCACAGAUUCAUCCAGAUUCUUUGAUCAUCUUCUCAUGCGUGGCUGUCAACAUAGUAGUGCAACAAGUUUGUGUUUUUUGUUCACAAAUUUUGUUAGACAUAGCGAGGUAGGGUUCAUUCACCAGGCUAGAUAAAAACCGUCGUAACUGGCAGCCACA